AUGAAGAGAUUUAUGGCUUUGGGUGAUGAUGAUUCUGAUGAUUUGAUUACUGAUGUCACCCCACCGAAUUCUUUAGAUGAUAAUCCUCCUCCUCUACCACGACCAUCAAAUCUGUAUCCAUCCUCAUCAUCAAGUUUACCUCCACCAUCUACAAUUCUUCCUCUACUAUCUGGUUCUCCUCCCCAAUCUGAUGCUGCCAAAAAGGGAGAGAAUAAUCAAGAGAGUCAUGAUCAGAAAAUGCAAAUGAUGGUGAUUGCACCAACUCCAUCUCAGCCUGAGAUACUUGAAACUAAAAGAGUUGAAGCUAACCUUCAAAAGGAAAUUUUUUUCAUUGGUAUUCUAGAAUAUGGUACAAAAAUUGAUGAUCAGCCCAUUCUAGACUUUGGCGAUAAAUCAGAGACUGAUCAUUAUGAAGGAGUUCUUGAUCUAGGAUUCAUGCCACCAGCUGUUGUUCCUAAUGUUCCUUUGAAUUCCAUAUGCCCUGAUUCAUGCUUUGAGGGGGAGAUUCCUCAAGAAACUAAUACUUACAUUGAGUUUGAUCAACUCAAUCCUUGA